AUGUCAGAAGAACCCACAGCCUUGGCCUGUCAUGUCCCACAUGACCAAGAAGGACUGAUAAUUGUGAAGAUUGAAGAAGAUAAUUAUGUUUGGGGGCAGGAAUCUGGUCUUCAGAGGAGCCCCCCAAGCCAGGAACUCUUUCGUCAGCGAUUCAGGCAGUUUGGUUACUCUGACUCUUCUGGGCCCCGGGAAGCUCUGACCCGACUCCGGGAACUUUGCUCCCAGUGGCUGAGGCCAGAGACACACUCCAAGGAGCAGAUCCUGGAACUGCUGGUGCUGGAGCAGUUCCUGGCCAUCCUACCUGAAGAGCUGCAGGCCUGGGUGCGCAAGCAUGGACCGGAAAGUGGAGAGGAAGUCGUGAGUGUCCUGGAGGAGCGGGAGACAGAACUCGAUGAACCAAGGCAACAGGGUACAGCUCAUGGCCAGGAAACCAUCUGGAAGGAAAUGACAUGUAUGGGACCAUUGAAGUCUGUGAGUAGCCAACGCCAGCCUUUGGAAAACUUGUGUAAGAGUGAAACUCACGAGUCCCCAGCUUCUCCUGAGAGAGAUGACAAGCUGGUGGCAGGCAAAUUGUUAACUGCAAAGCAGGAAAUUAUUGAAUGUGUUACGUCAGCAGCCUUGAUAUCCUCAGGAAGACUACCUGGGAAAACUCCUUCAGGACAGAGAGUUGAAGAAGCUUUAAGAAGUCUGGACAUCUUUGAGAAACAAACAGGAAAUGCUGCAAGGAACAAACUGAGUCAGCUCCCUUCUCAGGAAACACAUUUCAGCCUGGCAACUUUUAGCAAGAAAAUUCCCACAAAAGAAACUGUUCUUGAAUGUAAUCAAAGGGAAGGAAAUUUCAGUCUGAACUCAAAUUUUGUUAUACAGCAAGGAGUUCACACUGGUGACAAGAGCUACGAGUGCUUUGAUUGUGGGAAAGCCUUCUUACAGAGCUCAAAGUUGAUUAGACAUCAAAGAAUUCAUACUGGUGAAAGACCAUAUGCAUGUAAAGAAUGUGGCAAAGCCUUUAGUUUGAGCUCAGACCUUGUUAGACAUCAAAGAAUUCAUAGUGGUGAGAAACCUUAUGAAUGCUGUGAAUGUAGAAAAGCUUUCAGGGGCAGCUCAGAGCUCAUCAGGCAUCAGAGAAUUCACACCGGAGAGAAACCUUACAAAUGUGGUGAAUGCGGGAAAGCCUUUAGCCGGAGCUCAGCCCUUAUUCAGCAUAAGAAAAUUCAUACUGGAGAUAAAGGCUAUGAAUGUAAUGAGUGUGGUAAGGCUUUUGGUAGAAACUCAAUCCUUAUUGAACAUCAAAGAAUUCACACUGGAGAGAAACCUUAUGAAUGUAAUGAAUGUGGAAAAUGCUUCAACCAGAGCUCAGCCCUCACUCAGCAUCAGAGGAUCCACACUGGGGAGAAACCUUAUGAAUGCAGCAAAUGUAGGAAAACAUUUAGGCAUAGGUCAGGCCUUAUGCAGCAUCACAGAACUCACACCAGAGUUUAA